AUGAGAGCUACAGUCAGAUUUCAUCCCGUUGAGAUACUCUUGGACGCCUCGAAUAAGGAUUACAAAAUCGGCGGCCUGAUUGAGAUAGAGGGAAUUGAAGCAUGCUUGUUAGAGACGUCAGGCCAUUAUGGCCGCAAAGAUUUAGGUCGCUUUUGGUAUGAUCAUAUACUAAAGACAUGGUAUUUUACCAAGGAAGAGACUCUUUGUAAACUGAAGGUAUUCUUCAUAAACGCCGGAGGAUUGUAUGAAGAAGACUUCAAAAACCCCCAUCAACAAGAAGAAGGAACACAAAGGUUAUCUUCUGUUUCAGCAAUUGGGACUGGAAGUGUCGUAUUCUACAGUAAAUAG